UAGUAGUAUGUAUAAUCAAUGGCAUUACUAAUAGUAAAAUUAAUUAGUAUACAUUUUACUGUAUGUAUGUAAGUUCUUGUAUUAUGAUACUAUGAUAGUAUAAAAGAAGAAACUAAUACACAAGGGUAUUGUUCAUCUAAAAUGUUAUUGUAGGUGGCCAGGUUCUGUUCAUGACAGUACAAUUUUUGAUAAUAGUAUGUGUAGGGCUCAGUUUGAAAAUGGAGAAUAUGGGAAUAGUUUUUUACUCGGAGAUGGGGGCUAUCCAUGUCGUGAUUACAUGAUGACUCCUCUUCUUCGUCCUGUUACUGAAGCAGAGAAGAGAUAUCAAAAAGCUCAUAUUGCUACAAGAAACGUUGUAGAAAGACUAUUUGGUGUGUGGAAAAGGAGAUUUCCGGUGAUAGCUGUAGGAAUACGCACACAGCUUAACACAACUAUGACGACCAUUGUGGCCACAGCUGUUUUAUACAACAUUUUAAAAGAACAAUGCGAUGAAAUGCCAGCUGACGAAAAUGCCGUAGAUAAUGACUUACUUCUGGAAAUUGAUAUGAACCCUGUAAGGCAAACAGGCAAUUUAGUCAGAGGACAAUUAAUUGACUUGGUAUUUACAUAAAAACAAUGUUAUAGUGGUAACUAUUGGUUAGUAAUAUAACGUAUGUAUAUUAUUUGUAAAUUUUUUGUAUUAUUCAUAAGAUUUAUUUAUGUAUAGUUAAUUUAAAAUUAUAUAUAUAUUAUUCAAGUAUAAUAAAUAAAUUAUUAUUAUAAAGUUUUGAAAAUGAAAAUAAAUAUUAUGUAAAAAAAAUCAACUUAUAUUAUUAUA